GUGCGAAAAUCAAAAGAUCGAUGGCUCUCGAUAUCUGCGUCAAGGUUGCCGUCGGUGCUCCUGAUGUUCUCGGGGAUUGUCCGUUUAGCCAACGUGUUCUUCUGACCCUUGAGGAGAAGAAGCUUCCUUACAAGACCCAUCUGAUUAACGCCUCCGACAAACCCCAGUGGUUCUUAGACAUUAGUCCGGAGGGGAAAGUUCCUGUGGUGAAGCUUGAUGGCAAAUGGGUGGCUGAUUCAGAUGUUAUCGUUGGACUUCUUGAGGAGAAAUAUCCAGAGCCUUCUCUCAAGACUCCUCCUGAAUUUGCCUCUGUAGGAUCCAAAAUCUUUGGUGCUUUUGUGACUUUCUUGAAGAGCAAAGACGCUAAUGACGGAUCCGAGAAGGCGUUGGUUGAUGAGUUAGUAGCGUUGGAGAAUCACUUGAAGACACAUUCUGGUCCUUUUGUUGCUGGAGAGAAAGUUACUGCAGUGGAUUUGAGUUUAGCACCAAAGCUUUACCAUCUUGAGGUUGCUCUUGGUCAUUACAAGAAUUGGUCUGUCCCUGAGAGCUUGACCAAUGUUCGUAACUACGCCAAGGCUUUGUUCUCUAGAGAGUCGUUUGAGAAAACCAAGGCUAAGAAAGAGAUUGUGGUUGCGGGUUGGGAAUCGAAGGUGAACGCGUGAUGUGGAUCCAUGCUUCUCUAGUUAAUGUUGCUUGAGAACUAUUCGUCACCGAAUAAUGAAAAUGCACGAAUAUAUGCGUGUGUUCUUGUUUUUGUUAGAGUUGUUUAUCUCCUAUCAAUAAUGAUGCAAUAAAACCAUCAUAUCUUU